UGGUCGUGGAGGAGCGGGCGGCACGCGUGAGUAAAUAGCGCGAGCCGGGAGCGGACGGCGGCCCGGGGGAGGCGAGCGGCGGAGCGGGCUUCCCGCGCGUGGGGGUGGCCGACAUGACGGCCGCAGGUCGCAGCCCCCUGGAGCCGCUUCUGGAGACUUGGGAAGACCCCUCGGUAUCUCCCGGAGAGCAGACGGACGCCUACCUAACUCUGACCAGUCGGAUGACUGGACAAGAAGGAAAGGAAGUCAUUACAGAAAUUGAGAAAAAUCUUCCUCGGCUGUACGCAGUUUUAAAGGCUCACAUUUCCAGUCAGAACUCAGAAUUGAGUAGUGCUGCUCUGCAAGCCUUGGGAUUUUGCUUAUAUAAUCCCAAAAUUACCUCGGGAUUAUCAGAGGCAAAUAUUCAAGAACUGCUUUUAACCUUGAAUGGUAUCAUUAAGAGUUCAGACAAAAAUGUGUGUACCAGGGCACUGUGGGUAAUAUCCAAACAGACGUUUCCCACUGAACUUGUUAGCAAAAUGGUAUCCAGUAUUAUUGAUUCAUUGGAAGUGAUACUAAGUAAAGGAGAGGUACAUUCUGCUGUUGUUGAUUUUGAAGCAUUAAAUGUUGUUAUAAGGCUGAUUGAACAAACCCCAGUUCAAAUGGGAGAAGAGUCUGUGAGGUGGGCUAAAUUGGUCAUACCAUUAGUUGUUCACUCAGCGCAAAAGGUACAUUUGCGGGGAGCCACUGCUCUGGAGAUGGGGAUGCCAUUGCUGCUUCAGAAACAGCAAGAAAUAGCUUUGAUUACAGAGCACCUUAUGACUACUAAAUUAAUCUCAGAACUCCAAAAGCUAUUUAUGAAUAAAAAUGAGACUUAUGUAUUAAAAUUAUGGCCUUUGUUUGUCAAACUUCUUGGAAAGACCUUGCACCGAAGUGGGAGUUUCAUCAAUUCUUUGUUACAGCUAGAAGAACUGGGCUUCCGUAGUGGAACACCCAUGAUUAAAAAGAUAGCUUUCAUUGCUUGGAAAAGCUUAAUUGAUAAUUUUGCUUUAAACCCAGAUAUACUUUGUAGUGCAAAAAGACUCAAGUUGUUAAUGCAGCCUUUGAGUUCCAUCCAUGUGAGAACAGAAGCAUUAGCAUUAACAAAACUAGAAGUCUGGUGGUACUUAUUGAUGAGACUUGGACCUCAGCUCCCUGGCAAUUUUGAACAGGUUUGUGUGCCUCUGAUUCAGAGUACAAUAAGUGUUGAUAGUGUUGCUUCACCUCAAGGCAGUUCAUCUCGAGGGUCUACUUCUCCUGGCUUAAGUCCACUGACUCCUGGACAUAAAGGUGCUUCUUAUCCUGCAACCCCACGCAUGAGCCAGAGUUCAAAUACAGGUGGAAUGGCUUCAAUCCCAUCCAUUCAGCUGUUGGGACUGGAAAUGAUGCUUCAUUUUUUGUUGGGUCCAGAAGUCUUGAAUUUUGCUAAGCAACACAAGCUUGUAUUGAGCUUAGAGCCAUUGGAGCACCCGCUAAUCAGCAGCCCUUCUUUCUUCUCCAAGCAUGCGCAUAUACUUAUCACUGCUGUUCAUGAUAGCUUUGUUGCAGUUGGAAGAGAUGCUUCAGAUGCAGUCGUCAGUGCUAUCUGGAAGGAGCUUAUUAGCUUGGUGAAGUCAGUUACUGAAUCAGGAAAUAAGAAAGAAAGAUCAGGUUCUGAAGUUUUGACCCUCCUACUAAAAUCUUUGGAAAACAUAGUGAAGUCAGAAGUGUUUCCUGUAUCAAAAACACUGGUCCUCGUGGAAAUUACAGUUAAAGGACUUCCUCAGAAAGUAUUAGGUUCACCAGCAUAUCAGGUUGCUAAUAUGGAUAUUCUUAAUGGAACUCCAGCUUUGUUCUUAAUCCAGUUAAUUUUCAACAACUAUCUUUUAGAAUGUGGUGUAGCAGAUGAAAAGUUUUUUCUCAAUCUAGAAACACUUGUAGGAUGUGUGCUUUCUGGUCCGACUUCACCAUUGGCUUUUAGUGAUUCUGUACUAAGUGUGAUUAAUCAGAAUGCAAAGCAGUUGGCAAACAAGGAGCAUCUCUGGAGAAUGUGGAGUAUUAUAGUCACUCCGCUGACGGAUAGGAUUCAUCAGACCAAUGAAGUGAAUCAAGGUGAUGCCUUAGAACAUAAUUUUAGUGCCAUCUAUGGUGCAUUGACUUUACCAAUAAACCAUAUUUUUUCAGCUCAGACAUUUCCCAUGGCUACCAUGAAGACUUUACUUAAAACAUGGUCAGAGUUAUAUAGAGCAUUUGCACGCUGUGCUGCUCUGGUGGCGACAGCAGAAGAGAAUUUGUGCUGUGAGGAACUUUGUUCUAAGAUACUGUGCAGCUUGGAAGAUGAAACCCUUUCGGAUUUGUUGUUCUUGGACAGGAUCUCUCAAAUUAUUAUCGUAAUGGUUGAUUGUAUCGACUUUUCACCAUACAAUAUUAAAUAUCAGCCCAAAAUCAAAUCACCACAGAGAUCUUCAGAUUGGUCCAGAAAGAAGAAGGAACCCCUUGGGAAAUUGGCUUCUUUAUUUAAGCUAAUUGUGAGAGUGAUCCAUUCUUUCCACACUCUGAGCUUCAAGGAAACAUACUCUGACACACUGCUUACUGUUGGUAACUCUGUCACCAGCAUGCUGUCCACUAUAUUUGGACACAUUUCCUUGCCAUCUGUGAUCCGAGAAAUAUUUGCCACUUUCACAAGACCUCUGGCUUUACUGUAUGAAAACUCAAAGCUUGAUGAAGUUCCUAAAGUGUAUAAUAGUCUGAACAACAAGUUAGAAAAGCUAUUAGGAGAAAUCAUUGCUUGUCUACAGUGCAACUACCCUGGAGUCUACGACAGUGAACUUCUUGGACAACUUUCUCCACUUCUGUGCAUAGUAUUUCUUCACAAGAAUAAACAGAUUCAGAAACAGAGUGCUCUGUUGUGGAAUGCUACAUUUGCUAAAGCGACAGCUCUGGUUUAUCCUGAGGAAUUAAAACCAAUAUUAAGUCAAGCCAAACAAAAACUUUUGCUUCUGUUGCCUGGUUUGGAAAAUGUUGAAAUGAUGGAUGAAUCCAGUGGUCCAUAUUCUGAUGCAACAGAAAAUUCACAAUUAAAUGUCAAGAUAAGUGGCAUGGAAAGAAAAUCAAGUGGAAAAAGAGAUUCAAUUUUGGCACAGACAAAGGAUAAAAAAGAAAAUACAAAGCUGUCGACCAAACUGAAAUUAGAAUCUUCGUCUCCAAAAUUAAAGAGUGGUAAUAAGCUUUUGGAAGAGGAAAAGUCUACUGACUUUGUGUUCAUACCUCCACAAGGAAAAGAGGGAAAGGCAAGGAUUCUGACUGAGCACCAGAAAGAAGUACUCAAGACAAAACGGUGUGAUAUUCCUGCCUUGUAUAAUAAUCUGGAUGUUUCACAAGAUACCUUAUUUUCUGCUCAGUUUAGUCAAGAAGAAUCUAUGGAAAGCCUCACUUUAACUGAAAAACCAAAAGAAGAUGCCAAGAUAAAUAAGGAGGAACAAAUGGAGAGUGCCAUUUUCAUCUCUCAAGAUGCCAUGAAAAACUGUGGUGUGGAUGAACAUCCUGAAAAGGCUUCUUUACCAAAUGACUCGGGUUCUGUUGCUGAAACCAAUUCAGAAACACUGAGCACUGGUACUGAUGCUACAAAACACAUGUUAAUUUCAUCAAAGAUAAUGCCAGCUGAAUAUUCAUCUGGUACAGAAAGUUCACUGGUGGUCAGCAAUAGUUCGGUUUCUAAUGCCACUGUUUCUGGAACUCCUUCACAGCCUACAAGUCGGAGACAAACCUUUAUUACUUUGGAGAAAUAUGAUGGUUCAGAAAAUAGACCUUUUAGCCCAUCCCCUUUGAAUAGCAUGUCAUCUACUGUUACAGUGAGAAAUAACCAGGAAAAUACAGCUAAAACUGAUAUGCUCCCAAAAGGAAGGAAAAAAGAAGUGACUCACUCAAAAUCUGACUCAGAAAAACUUGUGAAUGGAGGUAAAAAGUCAGGACGGAGAUGGAGUAAAGUUGAGCAGUCAACUAAUAAAAAGUCUAAGCCUUCACUGAGAUCUGAACAGGAGGAACGUGCAUUAUUAGUAAACAACCCUCCUGAUUUGCUCAGUCAAACAGAAUGUCUGUCAAAUCACGAUCAUCCUUCUGGAGCUACCCUAGAGCAUGAAGAUAGAAAUCCUAAACCAACAGUAGAAAAUGCUUCAUUGGAGGACUCAACUACAGAAGAGAAAAACGUAUGCAUUAAUAUGGAAUCUAAAGAAAAUACACCUCCGGUCGCAGCUCCACCAGAUCAAAUAGUAAAUGAAGAAAGUCAAGCUGUACUAGCUCCAAAUCCAAAAGCCCUCAGACGGUCUUCAAGGCGACGUCCAGAAACCGUGGAGUCUUCCAGUGACAGCCAAGAUAAGGAUAGUGGUCAACAAAAAAAGGAAAGACGGAAGGAAGAAGAAAAAACGGUUGCCAAGAGUCCAUUGCAUAUAAAAGAUGACAAGUUGCCCAGGCAAAAACUAACUGCUGAGUCACCUAUACAGGAAAAUUUAACCGAAAAAGGAAAUAGUUUACAUGAGAAAACUUUAGAGGAACCCAGUGCUAAUGCUGAAAUUGACCAAAAUAAAAGAAAACGAGACCAUGAGAACACUGGUUCUGAGGAAGGUAGUACACAGGACAAUGCAGAAAAGUCAUCUGAGAAACCUUUGAGAGGACGUACACGUUACCAAACAAGAAGAGCAUCUCAGGGGUUACUAUCAGAACUAUCAGAAACUGAUAGUUCUGAGGCAAAGGAAGAAGUUUCUAGAAAGAAACGAUCUGGGAAAUGGAAAAAUAAAAACAAUGACAGUGUUGACAUUGAAGAACAAGAAGAAAAACUGGUCGAAGAGGAAUGUAUAAAAACUGCACGUGAGAUGCAUGGUGGUCAGGCAGUUCCUGAAGCUCCUGCAUAUGCAGUGGCUCAGCUCUGUGAAGAAAGUACCAAUAGGGUAACCCUUAAGGAGUCUGCUGGUCCUUCAGAUUCACUGCAAGUCACUGAUACACCAGUUCCAGGCGAGGAGGACACAAGCAAGACUCGCAAAUGUGUUGAUGACUCACUGGCAAGUCCACCUGUGCCUGAAUCAAAUCUCAGGACUAGGAAUGCCACUAAGAGAUUACAUAAAGGAGAUACUGAUAGCAGUGGGGGAGAACGCUCCAAAAUGGAGACAGCAGACAUUUCUGUGCCUUCUGAGAAAUGGGCCCAAGCAGUUGAAUGCCAACACAAGAGAAGCAGAAGAAUCAGGAGGUCGAAGAGUUGUGACUGCUGUGGGGAAAAAUCACAGUCCCAGGAAAAGUCAUUUCUUGGGUUAAAGAACACAGAGAGUUGUGCUAUAAAGAGCAUGGAGACAAAGACAGCCGAUAAGCAAGCACCUGAAACUUGUGAAGGUAAUGAACACACUGAAACAAAGCUGGUAGAUGAACAUCCUAGUAUGAAUGUUCUUUUGGGUCUUAAAGAAGAGACUGAUACUACUGGUGAUUUAGUUAAGUCUGAAACUGGAUUGGAAGAAGAUAGAAAAAAAUUUCUCCCAUCUGAAAUAGUAAGUAUGAAAGAAAAAUCUCAUGAUGAUACAGAUUCUAGUGAAAUAGUAUCUGAAAUCCAAGAGCCAAGUAAUGAAAAAUUGACUGCUGAAGACCCAUGCUUAAGUGAUUCCAAGGACAUUUCUCAGGAAUCUUCUUUAGAUAACAAAGUAGAAAGUCCAGAUGCUGUUCUGAGAAGAGAAUUUGACGUUGAAGAUGUAGGGAAGGCAUGCAGAGUAGUAACCGGACCCAGCUCAGAGGGUGUUGAAGCUAUGGAGUUAGAUGGAGGAAAUGACACGCUUGGAGCGGCCUUCUCUGCAAAGAGUGCCCACCUGGAUAUUUCUGCAGAUGUGGCAACAGAGGAAGAGAAUGAGAAAGGUGAAUUUGAAGCAGUCACAGCCAAAGUGAAUGGUGAAAGAGCAGCCACUGAGGGCUUGAAUUCUGCUCUGAGUCUUUGUGAUCAUGCCACACCUGUAAGCAAGAGUGUCAAGAAGGAGCAUCCCGCCAGAGUGGACCUGGAGGAUGGUGUUCAGUCUGGUUCCACAAGAGCGGACCUGGAGGCUGGUGUUCAGUCUGAUUCCAUAAGAGCGGACCUGGAGGAUGGUGUUCAAUCCGGUUCCACAAGAGCGGACCUGGAGGCUGGUGUUCAGUCUGAUUCCAUAAGAGUGGACCUGGAGGAUGGUAUUCAAUCCGGUUCCACAAGAGCGGACCUGGAGGAUGGUGUUCAGUCCGGUUCUGCAAGAUCGGACCUGGAGGAUGGUGUUCAAUCUGGUUCCAUAAGAGCAGACCUGGAGGAUGGUGUUCAGUCUGAUAUCGGCUCCUGUGAGGAAAUGAACACAGAAAUGGAAAGUUCCAAAGUAGCAGUGGUAGCCCAGUUGAAGAUGGAAGUUGAUGACACUGGGGAAGAGGAUAGGGACACUAUUGUUAACACCUCCACAUCUGAAGAAACUCCAGGUGGAAGACUAGGAGUCAAAACUGAGAGCUUUGUUUGCGACACACUUGAAAUGAGUUCUGUUUAUUACAAAACUGAAACAAACAUUGAACUUAAUAAAUUGGAUGAGACAAAAUUGAGUGACAACCAAAAUGUAGUGGAUAAUGAUGUUCUGCAGGAAGUUUGCCUCACUUCAGAGAAAGUGGAAUUACCACAGUCUCUGACUUCUGAACUGGUAGCAGAAAGCGGUAAUGUUUCUCCUGAAAAAUUAAGAGAGCUGGACCCUUCACUUGGAUCAGCAAAUGAAAGUCCUAGUGGUAUGCAAGCACGCUGUGUCUGGUCACCAUUGGCUUCUCCAUCCACAAGCAUAUUAAAGAGAGGACUUAAAAGAUCCCACGAAGAUGAGAUCUCAUCACCAGUUAACAAGGUUAGACGAGUCUCGUUUGCAGACCCAAUAUACCAAGCAGGAUUGGCAGAUGACAUUGAUAGGCGCUGCUCAGUUGUUAGGUCACAUUCUUCAAAUAGCUCUCCCAUAAUAAAAAGUGUUAAAACUUCACCUACUUCACACUCUAAGCAUAAUACCACUUCAGCCAAAGGAUUUCUGUCCCCAGGAUCACAGAGCUCUAAGUUUAAGAGCUCAAAGAAGUGUUUAAUUACAGAAAUGGCCAAAGAAUCCAUGCUAUCCCCAACAACAGAGAGUGUUUACCCAGCUUUGGUAAACUGUGCAGCAUCAGUCGACAUCAUUUUACCUCAGAUUACAUCAAACAUGUGGGCAAGAGGUCUAGGACAACUUAUCCGAGCCAAGAACAUAAAAACAAUUGGUGAUUUGAGUACUCUUACAGCAUCUGAAAUAAAAACUCUUCCUAUUCGCUCUCCAAAGGUGUUUAAUGUAAAAAAGGCUCUCAGAGUGUACCAUGAGCAACAGAUGAAAUCUCGUGGACUUGAAGAGAUCCCAGUUUUUGAUAUUUCUGAGAAGGCAGUAAAUGGAGUAGAAAGCAAGCCCCUCUCAACUGAUGAAGAAAGGCUUGCCUCAGAUUUGAUUGAUCCUGUAACCGUGGACACCCCAUUGUCUAAAAAUCUUGUGGCACAAAUUAGUGCUCUUGCUCUUCAACUGGAUUCAGAAGAUCUGUACAGUUACUCUGGAAGCCAGCUAUUUGAAAUGCAUGAGAAACUUGGUACCAUGGCAAACUCUAUAAUAAGAAAUCUACAGUCACGUUGGAGAUCACCAGUCCAUGAAAAUUCUUAGUAUUUUAAGAGAAAUGUAAAGUUUUUUCACCACCAGAUUUUAUUUUUUGGCUUUUAGAAAUACCUGCACCAUUUAAAGAGAAAACUUUGCAGAGUUGAUAAGAUAUCAAAUCCUGAAAGACAAUGAAUUAUUAGGUCAGUUUUAUAAAUUCAUUAGUAAAGAUAUUCCCUACUGUAUUUUCUUGGCCAAUAUACACAGUUUUUUUUUUUAAAGAAAUUUAAAUGUUACUGAAACUUGAAAGCAAACGAGAUAUACAUACUUUUUUUUCAUACUUUAACCCAUGCAUAUUUUGGUGUAGCUCAUAAUAGAAAUAUUUUAAGUAAGGUAGAAAAGUUUUAUUUACACUUGAACUGAUAAAGGUGUUUAUACUUUUUCAAAAUAUUUAUAUUUGUUGUGCUUGGUGAAAUACCUGUACAGAGAUGCAAAAGAAUGAGAGCAUUCCUUUCAGAUAACACCUGACAAAAAACAUUUGAGAGAAAUACCAAGUUUCAAUUUGUUGUGAGUUAAAAUAACGCUUAAUUGCUAACAUUCCAUUCAUUUGGCAUUGACAAAUAUUUGUGCAGCAGCAUUUGCCUGUGAAAAUGUGCUCUUAAGAGGUAUAGUGUUCACUCUUACAUGCAUGACUAUUUGUACAUUAUGUAUAGAAGACAGUGGUUUUUAAUUUAUAAAGUUCAGCCUUCGUUAAUUGCACGAGUUUCUGCAGCUUCAUGUGAAUACCAUUGUUUUGUUUAAUAGAAACUUUUGUAUAUAUUAUCAAAAUAUCCAUAUGGAUAUUAAAAAUACUUCAUAACGUAUUGUGGAUAUUUGUAGGAGUCUGUAUCUACAAAUAAAGCAACAGAUAGUUUUGUAUUUAGUUAAAA